GCGCGGGGGGAGCGUGCCGCGGCCCUGGGCCGGCGGGAGGGCCCGAUUGGCUGGCUGAGAGCCGGGCCGGCGCGCUGCGGAGCAGCGCUCGCCCAGCAGCCGCGGGUCAGGAUGGUGGAAGCGUGGUACAUGGACGAGUCCGGAGAGGACCAGAGGGCCCCGCACCGGCAGGAGCCGCACCGGCCCGUCAGCCUGGAGCAGCUGCGCCGGCUCGGAGUCUUCCACUGGAAAUUGGAUGCUGACAACUAUGAGACUGACCCAGACCUAGCAAGGAUUCGGAAAGAGAAAAACUAUUCUUGGAUGGAUAUAAUAACGAUACAUAAAGAUAAGCUGCCAAAUUAUCAAGACAAGAUAAAAAUAUUUUAUGAAGAACAUUUGCAUUUGGAUGAUGAAAUUCGCUACAUACUUGAAGGAAGUGGCUACUUUGAUGUUCGAGACAAAGAUGACAAGUGGAUCCGGAUUUUCAUGGAAAAGGGAGACAUGAUCACUCUUCCUGCUGGCAUAUAUCACCGAUUUACACUGGAUGAAAAUAACUACGUGAAGGCAAUGAGGCUGUUUGUUGGAGAACCAGUCUGGACAGCAUACAACCGGCCAGCUGAUCACUUUCCUGCUCGAGGACAGUACAUCCAGUUUUUGGCACAAGCAGCACAGUAAUACUCUCUGAAGUCUAAUGUGUGGAAAUGUCCUCAAGCUUGAGCAGAAUGGACAUUGGGAAUCUUGUACUUCAACACCACUCACUGUAGGAUGUGUUCUGUUUCCUCUGUCCAAAUGUGCUUCUCUAGCUCUAAUUUUGGGAGGGUGAAUGGGGAGUAUGGACAAUACUUAAUGUUCAUCUUAGUCUGAAAUGAUGCUAUCAAACUACUUAAGAUGAUUGUAUUUAAUUAAAAAUCUAUUGCAUUCUCUCAAAGAAGCUGCACAAGAUGAAUUCACAUAAUCAGGACCUUCAUAUGCAAUUUACCUAGCUCUGCCCUGGUACAAAUGUCUGUGACUUUGUUAUAAUGAAUUGCAGUGAUUUACUUUUGUAGCAUUUUAAUAAAAUGAUUUUCUAUCUUUAAA